GCCCCGGUGCGUCAGAGCGGAGCGCCGUUACGCAUGGAGGCAGCGCGGCGCUGAGCGGGUUCUGGCUGCGGUUCUGUUUGUUUUAUGAUCUGGACUCUGCACAAAGACGCAGAAAAGUGGUUUCGCUUCCCCGCGGACAAAAGAUGAGCAGCCGCCUCCUCCCGCUGCUCCUCAUGGCCUGCGUCCUCUCCGUCCGCUGCGCCGCCGCUGCGCCCGGAACCGACGCGUCCCGGGACACCUGCGCGUCCUGCGGCGUGGCGCAGCCGGAGGACCCGGAGUCCGGCCGGCUGAGCGGAGACUUCCUGGAGGCGGUGAAGCGGCACAUCCUGAGCCGGCUGCAGAUGCGGGAGAGGCCCAACAUCACGCACCCGGUGCCCAAAGCGGCCAUGGUGACGGCGCUGAGGAAGCUGCACGCCGGGAAGCUGCUGGAGGACGGACGGGUGGAGAUCCCGAACCUGGACGGACACCCGACGGGCAACGAGGUUCUGGAGGAGAACUCCGAGAUCAUCAGCUUCGCGGAGAAAGACGACAUGGUGACGUCCAAGUCCAGCCUGUUCUUCCUGAUCUCCAGCGAGGGGAACCAGAACCUGGACGUGACCCAGGCCACCCUCUGGCUCUACUUCAAGCUGCUGCCGCCGCCGCCGGAGCUCCGCGGCCGGCGGAAGGUGACGGUGAAGGUGUACUACCAGGAGCCGGGCCUGGGCAGCCGCUGGAACCUGGUGGAGCGGCGGGUGGAGCUGAAGCGCAGCGGCUGGCACACCUUUGCGCUGACCGACGCCGUCCGGCUGGUGUUCCAGAAGGGCGACCGGCGCCAGAACCUGGACGUCCGCUGCGAGGGCUGCGAGGCGGAGGCCGUCCUGCCCGUCCUGCUGGGCCUGGGCGACGAGUCCCACCGGCCCUUCCUGGUGGUGCAGGCGAGGCAGGCCGAUGGCAAACACCGCAUCCGGAAGCGAGGGCUGGAGUGCGACGGCAGCAGCAGCCUGUGCUGCCGCCAGCAGUUCUACAUAGACUUCCGCCUCAUCGGCUGGAACGACUGGAUCAUCGCGCCGUCAGGAUACUUCGGGAACUACUGCGAGGGCAGCUGCCCCGCCUACAUGGCGGGCGUGCCCGGCUCGGCCUCGUCCUUCCACACGGCGGUGGUGAACCAGUACCGCAUGCGGGGCAUGAGCCCCGGGUCCAUGAACUCGUGCUGCAUCCCCACCAAGCUCAGCACCAUGUCCAUGCUGUACUUCGACGACGAGUACAACAUCGUGAAGCGCGACGUGCCCAACAUGAUCGUGGACGAGUGCGGCUGCGCCUGAGUUGGGCUCGCCGUGGACGGACUGGUGAUGUCAGAAUAUUUAUGGACGCCGUGUCUCCUCCCCUCGUGUACGCUGCACUCGGACCUGUACAUAUAUUUAUGUUGUCGUAUAUCUCCUUGACCCACUGUGGAGGACCAGCCUGCAGCUCCUCACAAACACCUCCAGGUUUGAUAAUGUCUCGUUUUUGGAUUGAAACUCUUCCGACAGCGUCUCCGGAGGUUUGGCUCGACCCAGUGACGCCUCCGACCGCCAACGUACAGCACUUCUGGCUUCUGGCUCCGUCUUACAGAACCUUUGGUCCACGAUAGAACCGAGCGGACUAGAACCACAGCACAGGUUCUUUCCACCAUGUUCAGGUCUCUGAAAACUGGACGUCCAACCGUCAUCCACCAGAACUUUUUGCUCCAUCUGGUUCCUCUUGUUUCUCGUUUAAACAGACUAAAUACAGAAAUGUGCUUGUGAUUCAGAAAAGUCUUCCUCUCAGAACCAACAAUGGAAAAACGGCAUCAGGUUUCAAAAUCAAUCAAUCAAUCAGUCAAUCGAUCAAUCAAUCGAUCGAUCAAUCAAUCAAUCAAU